CCAUCAACGGAGGUAAUCACUUUUAUAGUGGAUCAAUGUCGAGCUUGGAUAAUCAUUCCAUGCCAGAUAAGAUGCGACGCGACCAAUGCUUUCACGAUAACCACACUUCGGGCGCUCUAAUGAGCAAUUUGCAUAUCUCAAUACGACGAUGCUCGGCUUCACUGCCUCGCGCACGCAGGUCUGCGCAUACUUGUUCGGAGUAGCUCUCUUCAGCAUCUCGUUCUUAGUGUUCCUGAAUAGCUCUGUGAGCUUCGUGAUCACGCAACGAAUCGGCCGUACCCACAAUGUUGGAGAUGCUGUCGGAACACUUGGAUUCGCAGAUGAGCUCGUGGCAUUGGUCGCAUGCCCGGCCUGGGGCCUCCUAAGCGACCGCGUGGGCGUCAGAAGUGUUGCUGUUCUGGGAUACACGAUAGUGGGAAUCAGUCUAUGGGUCUUCGUACAGGCGAAGAAUGUCUACCCGCAAUUGCUACUUGCGCGACUAUUUUUCAGCUUGGGCGCAACUGCGACCGCGACCAUGGUAACGGCCAUUCUUCCUACCAUGACGAUCGCGACAGACUCCAAUGACCCAAGAUCGCCCACGCGCACCCAUCGCCCCUCACAUACUCUGGCUCCUUCCAUAUCUUCUGAAUUGACCAUUACGCCCGCUCGAUUCCGUGAUCAUUCUCCUUCAAGCGAGUUCACAGCUAGGAAAGAGGCGAGAGCAUCCGCGUCGCAUCUCGCAGGGCUGGUGGGCAUGUUCACCGGCUGUGGUGCUCUUGUCGCAUUAUUGGUCUUCUUGCCACUUCCCACACGUUUCCAGCAUGUUGGACAUAGUCCGGCCACCGCAGUGGCGGAUGCUUUCUAUGUGGUUGGAGCUGUAGCAGUGGUCGUUGCCUUGGGUUGCUUUUUCGGAUUGCGGAAUCUACCAGGCGAAGAUGGGAAAGGGCUGAAGCGUCUUGUUCGCGGAAACUUGCCAAAGGACGACUCGCGCUCAUCAACUCGACCGCUGAUGUCCUACCCUCGCCUCUUCCUCGCCAGCGUACAGUUGGGAUUCAAAUCACGGAACAUCGGACUGGGCUAUCUCGGAGGCUUCGUAGCACGCGCUUCAUCCGUUGCUAUUUCACUGUUCAUUCCCCUCUUCACGAACACGUAUUUCUUGAAAACCGGACGGUGCACAGCAAACCCUGACAACCCCUCCGAUAUCAAGAACGCUUGUCCGGACGCUUAUAAGCUCGCGGCUGCUUUGACAGGUGUCAGCCAACUUAUCGCACUACUAUGCGCUCCACUGUUCGGAUAUCUCUCUGCCCGCUCACAGAAGACCAAUGCUCCUUUACUGGCGGCAGCGGGAGCGGGGAUUGCAGGAUAUGCAGCCUUUGCAUCAUUGGCCAACUUUGAUCACGAUGAUUCUAAGAACGAAUUGCGGUCUGGGUCCGUCUUCUUGAUAGUAGCCCUUCUGGGUAUCAGUCAGAUUGGUGCUAUCGUUUGUUCUCUGGCUCUUCUUGCACAUGGCAUACACAACGACGAGCAGCCGAGCAACGGCCACAUGUCAGCAGACGAAAGCGCGAAUGGUACCAAUCAUCCAUCGGCUGGAGCCACACCUCCUCGUACACCUCCUCUCACUCCUGCGACCGAGGACGCGCCUCUUUUGUCAGGCCGCAAUUUCUCAUACCCUGAUCGCGGCUCUGGAUCAAAUAACUUGAAUCAUCUGAAAGGUAGCAUUGCCGGUACCUAUAGCUUGCUAGGGGGUUUCGGUAUUCUUCUCUUGACGAAGCUCGGUGGGGCCCUUUUCGAUUCCGCCGGACCUGCAGCUCCGUUCUUGAUGAUGGCAGGGUUUAACGCGAUUCUCUUGGUCGUCGGUCUUAGUAUAGGGGCUUCUGACAUUUUCCAAUCGGUGUCCUCCCGCCUGGGCUGGAGGAGGACAUAGGCGAUUAUUCAGUUGUGGAAGGACUCUACGAAUUGAUGUAAUGGAAUGAUUGUAACGUGUUGGUAGUACUUGGUACACCAUCAUUGCAAAGUGUAUGAUUUGGCGAUUCACGUAGCAUUGCAUUGCAAGCCCUGCCACUUCUUCAUAUCUUCGCAUUCUCAAAUAUACCCUUUUCCUGUUGACCAAAUGCUUGUUCAUGUUAGCAGUGCGGGUCUAGGACGGGCGUUCUUCGGAUCGAUUAAACACACCCCCGAAGGCUACUACCUAAGAAAAGUGUCAAGGAACAAGUCGAUAAAGACGUGUGAUUCCAUGUCCCUUUAAUCAAUGUAAUGCAAGUACUCUAUGAAUGCGAUUAAUCCAG